CAGUGCUAAGGCUAGCUCGAUCUCAAACACUAUAAAUAUAAGUGGCAGCUGCAGUUGGUCGCACUAAUUCCGUAGCCUUUUUUAUUGUGAAUUUCAUUUCAAUAUGGUGAAAAUUUUUGAAUUCUUGAGUGUGCUUGUAGCCAUAUUGGCUAUAACCAAUGCUGCAUCAGUGAAUCUAACAGCAUGUGAGACCACAACAGUGCCUCCAUGCUCAACGACUGUUGCCCAAACAACUCCGUGUAUAACAACAACAACGAUACCUCCAACAACUACAACUCCUCCAAGUACAACAACAGCCACUACUCCAAGGACAACCACCAUCACAACUACUACUACUCCAACAAUAACAACAAGUACUCCAAGCAUAAUCUCAACAACAACAACAACGUGCGCAACAACUACCACUACUCCAACGACAACAACAACUACUAAUCCAAUCACAUCAACAACAACCACUACUCCAAGGACAACCACCACAACAACCACUACUACUCCAACGACAACAACAACUACUUCAAGGACUAUAAUUACCACUACUCCAACGACAAUAACAACUACAACUACUCCAAGCCCAACGACAACCAAUAAUCUGCGCACAACCACCACAACAACAACGUGCACAACAACUACCACUACUCCAACGACAACUGCAAUUAUAAUUACUCCAAGCACAACAAUAACUACUACACCCAGGACAACAACUACAACUACUCCAAUUACAACAACCACUACAGCUACUCCAAGCACAACAACAACUACGACGUGCCCAAAAACUACCACUACUCCAACCACAACAACAACUACGACGUGCACAAAAACUACCACUACUCCAACGACAACAACAACUACAAUUAUAAUUACUCUAAGCACAACAACAACCACUACUCCAACGACAACAACAACUGCAAUUAUAAUUACUCCAAGCACAACAACAACCACUACACCCAGGACAACAACUACUACUACUCCAAUCAUAACAACAACCACUACUCCAACAACAACAACAACUUUAACUACUCUAAGCCCAACAACAACUACUACUCCACGGACAACCACUACAACAACUACACCGUGCACAAAAGCUAUCACUACUCCAACGACAACAACAACCACUACACCCAGGACAACAACUACUACUAUUCCCAGUACAACAACAGCCACUACUCCAAGGACAACCACCACAACAACUACUAUAUGCACGAGAACGCUCACAACAACAACCACUACUCCACUUACAACAACUACUUCGCUGUGUAUAACAACCCUAGCACCAACACCAUGCCCAAACUCAGUCUCCCCACAGGGUAUGACGUCGAACAUGGAUAACUAUUUGGAGAACAUUUGUUUAGAUAAAAGGAACGGCUUUUUGUUACCUUCGUUGAGAAAUUGCAACGAUUACUACGUUUGUCGCAAUGGCGUUGCCGUCGAACUCAGCUGUGCUAAACUUCAUUUCAAUCCAUUGAAGGGAGUCUGUGAUCGACCUGAAUAUGCUGGUUGUCUCCUUGCCUAAAAGGUGAUUUUCAAAUACAAUAAUAAAUGAAAUGGAUAUUUGCGAUUAAAAAAAGGCUCAAGAUACACACAUAUGUUGCUCUAAAUAAAUGUAAAAAUGUGUUGACCAAAAUAAAUGAUUUCACUACUAUUACCAUAUACUUGUAUAUUGUACAUAUGUAUAUUUGCAUAUCAGUGUUUCUUUUAGGAUAAUAAGCUAUAUACUUAUUUUAUCUUCUCACAAAUGAACGUUCCAACAUACGAAACACACAUUUCAAUCAUGUUUAAAAUAUAUUUAGAUUUGAAUAUUACGG